UGUCAUGUAGCAGAAUGCAGAAGAGGAUGUUGUAGCUGGCUUCAGCGUGGCUCCUGAUUUUUUUGUGGUUGCGGAUGACGUAGGCCUUCCAGUUCUCAAAAAGAACGAAAAGAACAUUACUACCCGAUCACGCAAUGUGAAUACUUUCAUUAACUUGUUUGAUUUUUGGGUGUACCAGCAGCUGAUAGUUUUUUUCUUUAUGUACCCCCCAAAACACAUGAUGGGAAUGUAUUAUUACUACUACUACUACUACUACUACUACUAAUAAUACUAAAGCUAACUACAUCACACGCACAUAUACUAAAAUGGAACUGUUAGUAUUACACAGAUACUGUGUUGAAAUGACACAGUAAUACAUUUAUGUGCAGCAUUUCAGUACACUGCCCCUGUGAGGCAUUGAAUUCAAUACCAUGCUCCAGUUCGGGGUUUAUUCACUCACAUGAAAGCGGCACUGUAUCACAGGAAAAGUAGCUCGCCUGUAACACAAGCCAGUCACUGGACAGUGACGUGAAGACAGUUAUUGGAGAUUUAAAUCUUGGAGUGCACUUGCCUGAACCGUAUUCAGUGUGUGUGUGAGAGGUGAGAGAAGAAAGAAAGUCUGGAUUAUACACGCGAAUCUCUGGGGAAUGAAGAGUCUUCACGGCGGUGAAAUAAAUAUCACCACUAUACAACCAUGAGAAAACUUUGCCGCAGCUUUUGUUCAUCAAGAUGAAGAUCGCUUAAGCAAACGGAGGUGCUGACAGUUGAUGAAGGAAACAUUUUCAAAGCAAAACCCUUGAGCUAUUUUCUGACACAUCUGAACCCGUUGCUUUAGCUCGAUAAACACAGUCUUCCAAGGAUUAAACCGAUUUUAAAGUGUUGUUGAGUACAGUAAAAACAAAUCAUGCUGCAAAAAGACUCGGGUUACUUUUUUUCUAAUCAAGUACUAUAAAAUAAAAUGCAAAAUAAUAACGUCUAACGAUGAAGAAAACAUCGGAGAACAGCUUUGUUUUCUGAUAUAAAAACCUGACGGAUGCCAAUAAGCGCAACAUUUAACAUACAACACAACGACGUGGAAAAUGAAGAAAGCUGGCGCAGGAAAAGUAACGGGAACUUCAGAACACAUGUUUAGCACUCGCCUUUGACAUCAAUAUAAAAUCAAGGACCUUCGUUGUAGAGCUGGAUGCAAGUGAAUUUUUAUUUUUUACCUGCAGGAUAGCGACAUGUCUUUUCCAAGCUUCAUAAUGGAAGUUUUCGUGUGUGCAAAAAGAAACAUGUUGCAUCUCUACACACUGCAGCUGGUCACAGCGAUUCUCUGUAUAGUGGUGGAGAGUCGAGGGCUGCUAGAUGGAAUACAAAGGGUCACCACCGUCCCGACAUAUCUGCCUGUCAAUUAUCAAAUCCUCAACGCAGAGUCAGCCUUUUUCCUUAAAGAAGCCAACCAGGAUAUCAUGAGGAACAACAGUUUACAGUCUCGCAAGGAGCCCUUCUUUAUCUACCAGGCCAGGCAGAUGCCCACGUUCAACGCCAGCUAUGGGCCCUUCUCAGCGGAGCAACCUGUUCCUCUGGACCUUCUACAGAGCCCCCACGCUUUCGUUGCGUCCAGCAUGUUCACCUUCAACUGGAAGGUGCAGACCUACAUCAUCAGAGAUAAGGUUUACUUCAGCUGGCCUAAGGUGCAAGUUUUGUUUUACAUUGCAGGGAGAGACUGGGAUGAUUACAGCACCAUAGACAAGCUACCCUGCGUGAAAAUGUUCGCUUUCCGGGAGACGCAGGAAGUUCGGGGCACCUGUAAGCUCAAGGGAGACCUUGGGCUUUGUGUGGCCGAGCUGGAGCCCCUUUCGGGUUGGUUUAGUCCACCCAGCGUGGUUCUGGGCCGACAGAAAACUUUGGACCAAUCAGAAGGGGCCCCCGUGGAACUCUACUAUGUGGUCCAGUCCGCCGAGAAUGGGGAAUGUUCCUCUGACGACUCCAGAAAGGGGAAUUCUAUUCGGUCAGACCAGGACAAAGCCUUUGGCCCGUCCACCACCUCCCCCAUGCAGAGGAUUGGUAGCGUCCGCCUGUACCAGACUCCAGGGUCCCCCCAGCUGUCGGAGCUGAAGCUGGAUAAUAACAUUGUGAUCCUGGUGCCAUCUAAACCUGUCAAACAAAGGGAUAUUGUUACUGCCUAUGUGUCUACCACCAGCAUUACAAGUGUGGAGAUGUUUACCCUGAGAGUGAAGUUAAGGAAGGGGGUGAGUUUCCUGGGUGUGAGAUCCAGCAGCCCCAGCCUCUGGGCUAUCAGACAGGAAUCGGGAAACGAUGGGAGGCACGCUGUCAUCACCGUCCUCUGUCAGAGGAAAGGGGCCACUUCGGGAAACAGGGCGGAAGACAGGGUGGUGGGGGUCAUGCAGAUGGAUUUUGAGGUGGACACCUACGCUGACCUGCUGGGGAGCAGUUCCAUCACGUGGCAGGCAGAGUACCCCAGGACCGGAACCCGGACUGAGGAGGCAGAGACCGAGAUCCACCUCGUACAGAAAGACCUGGGCAGCAUCAUUCCUCUAGCCAUGGACACAGAGAUCCUGAACACAGCAGUGCUGACUGGGAAGACAGUGGCUGUCCCUGUGAAGGUGGUGACAGUCGGAGAGGACAGCACCGUGACAGACGUGUCCGACUUCGUCAAGUGCCAGUCGGAGGACGAGGACGUGGUAAAGGUGUCAGACAGGUGUGACUAUGUCUAUGUGAACGGGAAGGAGAUGAAGGGGAAGGUGAAGAUGGCGGUGAAUUUCACCUACGAGUACCUGAGCGCCCAGCUGGAAAUGACUGUGUGGAUCCCUCGGCUCCCCCUGCAGAUAGAGGUGUCUGACACCGAGCUCAGCCAGAUCAAAGGCUGGAGGGUCCCCGGCCCGUCCAGUAAAAGGACGGCACGGGACAGCGAUGAUGAGGAUGAAGACGACAGGAGAGGAAGGGGAUGCACGCUGCAGUACCAGCAUGCAAUGCUGCGAGUCCUCACACACUUCGUAACUGAGUCCUUGGAGCCUGGAGGUCAGCUGACCUACAUGCUGGGCUCUGAUUGGCAGGUUGACAUCACAGACCUGGUGACAGACUUCCUGAAGGUGGAGGAACCCCAGAUUGUAAAACUGCAUGACGGGAGGAUCCUAAUGGGCCUGGACACCGGCAUGACAAGCAUACAGGUGCUGUCCCCUCUAUCUGACUCCAUCCUGGCUGAGAAGACGGUGACAGUGCUGGAUGACAAGGUGACCAUCACUGACCUCGGGGUGCAGCUGGUCACUGGGCUCUCACUGUCCCUUCAGCUCAGCACAGGAAGCAACAGGGCCAUCGUGGCCACAACAACCACACAGGAGCUGCUUCACAGCCCGAAACAGGAGGCAGCGAUCAGCGCAUGGAUCCAAUUCAGCGACGGCUCCGUGACUCCUCUGGAUAUCUUCAAUCCCGACUACUACUCCCUCACUGCAACCUCCCUGGAUGAAGAGGUGGUCUCAGUCCGGCAGGACCCAGCAAUGAAGUGGCCAGUGAUUGUGACAGAAGGGGAAGGACAGGGUGUUUUGGUGAAGGUGGAGAUGGUGAUCUGCGAGACCUGCCAGAAGUCCAAACGGAGAAGCGCUCUCGGCUCCGGGACUGGAAACGUCAAGGUAAAGUUCGGCCAGAACGACGCAAGCCCCAAAGUGAGUGGCAGCGAUUACGGGGUGGACAAUGAUGAGCUAGAGAACCGCGCUAGCGACCGGAGACAGAAACCGGCAGAGCAGGACCGCGCUGGAAUAGACGUGCAUUAUUAUGGAAGUUCAAUCUCAGACUUGGAGGAUAGCAUCAUGAAAAAGAUACCCACGACUGUCAAGUCUGCAAUAAUAAGGAAAUCAGAGGGUGACAAGCUUUCGGAUGAUGGUAGUCAGCUCCAAAAUAUUCCCAUUGACUUCUCAAAUUUCCCUGCGCAGGUGGACCUGCCUCGGAACAACAGAGGCAUGGAGGAUAAUGAUCUGGUGCAAACCCCACGAGGCCUGACCGAUCUGGAGAUAGGGAUGUAUGCCUUGUUGGGAGUGUUCUGCCUUGCUAUUUUGGUGUUCCUCAUCAACUGCAUCUCAUAUGCUUUGAAGUACAGGCACAAGCAGCUUCCCAUGGAAGGACAGGAGACCAUGAACCACUCCCACGACUGGGUGUGGCUUGGGAACGAGGCUGAGCUAUUGGAGAACCACACAGGCCUUUCCCCUCAGCAGGGCGAGCACACCACCAUGAUUGACACGGGGAUGGGGUUUGAGGAGGGCAGCCACCUCCUGAACGGUGGCUCCUCCCAGAAAAAUGUUCAGGGGCAGAUCCACAGGUCCGCCGAUUCUGGGUGCGGCAGGAACGGGAAGGAACACAAAAACGAGUCGCUUAACUCUCCCACAACAAAAAGGAAGCGUGUGAAAUUUACGACAUUCACCACUAUCCCUGCAGAUGACAGCUGCCCUUCCAUUAACCCGAUUAUCUUGGGCAGUGAGGAUGACAUUAAAUGGGUUUGCCAGGACAUGGAGCUUGGGGAUUCCAAAGAGCUUAGAAACUACAUGGAAAGGCUGCAUGACACUGCAUAGUUCUUUUAUGACAGACUUGAAACAACUCACCCUUAUGCCUUCAGAAUGGGGAGGAGGGGCCUGGGAUUCAAAUAAUAAUAUGGUGGCUCAGAGUUCCAAACUGUUGUCAUGGAAACUGCCAAAGGGGCAUUUUGUCAUAAUGGAAAUAAGGAAAUGCAGUAGAUAACAAUACAACAAGAAAUACAACUAGGAAUCUGAGAAACAUUUUCAAGUGGAUUAUUUGGAUUAUUUUCUCGGUUUAUGGAGUGAGACGUUGGCUUAAUACAGUAUUUUUUAUUGUAUCACUUUUCAUGCUGUAGUUUCAAAACAAAACUUCAAAUAUUACAAAUUACCUGGAUACAGUAUGUUAACAAAAACAAACAAAAAAAUAUAUGCAGAUAAUGAAUUGUAGAUUCUAAGAAUGUAAUAUUGAUAAAUAUAACAUACAUUGUAAAUACAAAAUGCACAUAGAAUGACGUGACAAGUAAUUUUUAAUACACCUUUUCAUUUGUAUUAUAUUCCUAUACUAGGAUACUGUUACCCUUGUGAAUGUCUGGCUUACAAAUGUAGGUUUAAAACGAUUUCUGUGUGUGUAUAGAGGCCGAUAAAAUCAGCGAAACGGCACUGGCUGUCUACAAUCCUGUUAACUGCGGAAUGCAUUGGAGAAGCAAGCAUCUAAAUAAAUAGCAGAGUACUUUAUCAGACAGAACGUAUACAUUACUUCGCUCCAAUAUGCAGGCCUAUAUUGUAUCAGUUCCUGGUUCUUGUGUAUUUAUGGAUCUCAAAUGUAAUCUGCACUGCAACGGAAAUUAAAUACAGCAUUCCUAAAUAUUCUAAUACCCUAAAUCAGAGCUGUCAAACCUUUUUCAUCAAAGGAGCCAUGCUGACAACCAGCCAACUCCAAGAGCCUGAAAUAUUGAAUAAACAUAUUGUAUACUGUAUACAAUCGAGGAAAAAACAAGUGCACUAAUUUACCAGGUUCAGUUAACAAUACAAGGUAAGUACAGCCUAUACAUUGUUUGAGAUUUCUUUACAGUACUAUAAUAUAUACAGUACAAGGUGUAAGACUUCAGCAUAUACACACAGCUAAAGUUAGAUACUCAAUAUAUUAUAUACCCCAGUAGCCCUUACAUACCCAAGCAAAACUAUGUUGUAUUAAUACUGCGAAAGAACUUGUAAAAAUACAUAUUAAACUCAUGCUAAUGCAGUCCCAAAGAAACUCUUUUCUACAUAAGCCCCAAUGUUACAUCUAAUAUAAAAUUGAUAGCCCUGUCAUUACAUCAUGAUGCUUGAUUUAAAACCCUCCGGUUUUAGCAGACCGCACUGAAAGCAGUAUUUAAUUUAACGACUCAUAAUAAGUGCAUGCUUUUCUUUUAACUUCUUGGGCUGCUGUACUCUUAGUAAUAAUCAGGAUUAUACUGUAGAUGCCUGACCCCUGUUACUGGUUAAAAAUCUAUCAUCCACGUUUUUGCUGUCCUUCUUUUAGGUCCCUAGUUUUGUGUUGCCAAGAUUAUGUAACCAAGGACCAUAUCAGGUUUGAAGUACAGUACAUUUAUUUGGGGUUAAAAAUGUCUUUCACAUUCUUUGUAGACAACAUAUUUUGUUACUAGCUGUUCAUAUUCUUUUCCAUUGAGAAAUAAUGCAUCUGUGGUUGUUAUACCAUCAGUUCAAAUGACUCAUUGGUAAUAUAUGAUCUAAUUACAGCAUGACUUGUCUCAGUAAAAGGGCACAGUGUUUUAUGAAUCUAUUGGAACAACAGUUUUAAUUAAAAACUGCAAGUGUAGUCCAGCAUUUUUUUUCUUUUUCUUAAAUUAGAAUUUGCCUUGAUGGUGUUGCCAAGUGCUCUGAAAUGUAUUUUACUUAAUUUGUUAAGUUUGAUAGGCAAUUAAAAAUGCAAUGACAAAUGGGAUUGUUGAGAGAGGAAUGACCUGAAAUAGAUUUUGUUACCAAAAGAGGCCAGUGUGUUCUCUUAGUGUAAUCAAUAGCUCACAGUGCUAUUGAACUAGGCAGAGCAAUAUAAUGGCUUGGCAACUCCACCCAUUGAAUUGAAUUAAGACUUGAAUGGAGGCUUCAUUUUUCUGUAUCAGAAUUCUGGAUGCAAGCUGCUAACAUCAGGGUUCAAAGACAAGGAUGUAAUUACAUGUCUUAUGCUAAUGUCAGUAUUGUUAACUCAUCAGUUGUUAGAAGGAGAUC